AUGAGUAAGGAGGAGGAUAUCAAGGUUCUGAAGAUACAGGUGCUUCUUCUUUACUCGGACUGCUGAAUUUCCUCGAUGCCCGGCGGCCAUGGAAGCCGCCCACAUCCUGCGAACCUCAGCAUCUUUACUAUCUUCCUAUUCCCGUUUUCUGUUCUGAUUUUCCGUGGUCUCCUCCCCGCAGACCUGUAUCCUGAAGGUGAACAUACACUGCGACGGCUGCAGGCAGAAGGUGAAGAAGCUGCUCCAGAAGAUCGACGGUACAUCUCCGCUAAAUCUUCCGGCGUUGUGCAGAUUUGUUUUACGUCUCCCUCCUCCUCAAUCGGUUGUAUUUGCAGGCGUCUACACCACCGUCAUUGAUGCGGAAAAGGGGACGGUGACGGUCUCCGGCGAUGUCGACGCGGCGACCCUCAUCAAGAAGCUCAGCAAGGCCGGGAAGCCAGCGGAGCUCAUCGCUCCGAAGGUUCCCAGCAGCAACAUCAAUCAGCUCAAUAACCAGUUCCAUAAGAUGCAGCUGGGCAAUGGGAAAGGAGGGCAGAAGGACAACGGCAAGCCCGCUAAUGGCGGGGGAGGUGGAGGGAAUAAUCAGAAGGGCCAGCCACCGCCGCAACAGCAGCUGCAGCCGCCGCCUCAGCAGCACCACCACAACAUCAUGAAGGGGUUCAAGGAUCUGAACUUCCCCCAGCUCAAGGACCUCAAGAUGCCGUUUGGCAAGAACCAGAAGACGGUGAAGUUCAGCGAGCCGGUGGAGGAGGGCAGCGACUACGACGACGAGUUUGACGAUGACGACUACGACGACGACUUCGACGACUUGGACUGCUUCGAAGAUGAUUUCGAGGAUGACAUUAAGAACGUCAAGAUGAAGGCCAUGAACGGCGGCCCUCCUUUCAUGGGGGCCGAGAAGAAAUGCGGCGGCGGGAACAUCCAGAACCACCUCCACAACGGUAAGAAAGGUGGCGGGGACGGGAAUCCGCAGCCCAAGGCGGCCGCGCCGACGGGUGGUCAGGAGACGAAAAAUGGGGGUGCUGGAAAGAAAGGUGGCUGCGACGGGGGCGGCGGAAACCAUAACCAUGGAAGAGGUGGCGCUGGUGGCGCUAGUGGUAAACACGGUCGCGGUGGGCCCCAGGAUUGUAAGAAUGGUGGCGGCAACAAUAAGGAUGGUCUGAAUCUCGCCGGCGGUGCCGGUGGCGGGGGGAAUGGAAACAAGAAUAAUGGGACCAGCCAGGGGAAUGCCGCCGCCGUAGGCAAGCAGGGCGGCGGCGGCGGGCAGAAGAAUGGGCAGAUGGCUGGGGGCCAGCCGAUGAGCCACGCCGCCAUGAUGGCCCAGAUGGGGGCUAUGAACAUGCCCAGAGGCAGCCAGAUGGGAAAUAUGAAUAUGCCGGCUCCUCCGGCGGCGGUCCAGGGCCUCCCCGCCGGCGGCCCUCAGCCGGGGUUCUUCCCGGGUGGCGGGGCCAUCACGCCGGAGAUGUUCGCCGCCGCUAACCCCUACCAGCAGCAGUACCUCGCCGCCAUGAUGCAGCAACAGAGGAUGAUGAUGAACGGCCAGGACCGCUCAUUCCAGCCAAUGCCCUACGCGCCACGGCCGCCGCCGCCGGUCUCCUACAUGCCUCCGCCGCCGCCGGAAUACACCCACUUCUUCAGCGACGAGAACACCAACAGCUGCUCCGUCAUGUGA